AAAUGAGGGUUUGCUAACCCAGUCAAGGAAAAUGCUCGACGUCAUACACCUGCUCAUUCCAGGUCUUACUGGAAUUUAUACUGCGUUUCAUUUAUACGCUAGAGCUACUUCGCCAAAACAAAGCAAAGUUUCCAAUCCAAACUUCAACGUUUUUCAGCGAUCUUAUCUAAUACCCUAUUUGCUGGCUACAUUGGCCGACUGGUUUCAAGCGCCGUAUCUGUACAAGCUCUAUCACUAUUAUGGUUUUCUGGAGCAGCAAAUUGCGGUUAUCUAUGUUGUGGGCUUCAUCUCCACUGUUAUUGCAAGCACUCUUGCAUCUACACUCGUGCACAAGGCAAAAAGAAAACAGUUCGUACUAGUCCUGACGACGGUGAACAUCGUCUCUUGCUUGACAAAGUUGUCAUGGAACUAUCACGUGCUCCUAGUGGGGAGGAUUCUUGCCGGUUUCUCAAUCACACUCCUUUUUUCGUUCUACCAAGAAUGGUAUGUGUAUCAGCACAACGACUUUCAUGGGUUCCCAGAGGAAUGGAUCGAACUCACCUUCAAUAAAGCUGCAUUUUGGAACGGAGUUUUGGCCGUAGCAUGCGGACUCGUCUCGCACUUUUUUGCCGAUACCCUUGCAUUAACCCCUGUGGCGCCGUUCAUGCUUGCGAUUCCGCUCCUGAUUCUGAGCGCCUGUAUCAUCGUAACCAACUGGGAUGAAAACUGCGGCAAUCCCUCUAUCAAGUUCAGAACCCUUUGUGUAGAAGGACUGAAGGAUAUUUUGCUCAAUAAGUCAAUAAUGCUGCUUGCCAUUGUACAGUCACUGUUCGAAGGAGCAUUGUACCUUUACGUGUUUCUGUGGACCCCAGUUCUUGACGGACCCGGAAAACCAAUUGGAAUGAUAUUUGCCCUGUUCAUGCUGUGUAUUAUCAUUGGAUCACCACUACAAGUCAUCAUGACGACGAAAUUGAAAGUGUCAACUGCCACAGUGCCCAUAGUUGUAUGUUUACUUGGACUCUGCUCGUCAUUGUGUCUAACAUACGCAACUCACCCUGCAACUCAAAGCUGGAAUCUUUCUCUUUUCGGGAUCCUCUUGUUUGAACUAGCGUGUGGAAUCCACAUCCCUAGUAUAAACAAACUGCAAAGUGUGGUAUUUAAAGACAACACAGUUGGCGUAGUGAACUGGGUCCGAGUUCCGGUGAACGUGAUUGCUUGUGCUUGUCUUAUGAGUCUUCAUGGAUCAUCGGACAACAUGGGAACCCACAAGUUGUUCAUGAUCUGUUCAGGCCUGCUGUUAGUUGCUGUUUUUGUGGCAUCUGUUCUCAGAUGCGUCGUGGGUAGUGACACGGGCAAUGGAAAUACACCUGGUCUGUCUAGAAGCUCUUCCUACAGUGGAAAUAUUACAGCUUGAAUUUGUAAUAGAGAUUGGGUUAAUGUGUAUAAAAAUGAAUGUAAAUUUUUUAUCUCCGCAGCAAUAUUUGCUUUUUUGAUGUUAAUUGUUAGCUCUAUAAGUUUAUUCGAAUUUAUCCAAUGCAAUCC